AAGAAGCAACACACGCGCUGCACCAGCUUUCACCAUAUUCCUAGUUCCUACCCCCAAACACGUUUUUGCUGGCUCCCUCGUCGCAUGACCACCGUAAGACCACCCACCUCCGAUCACCCACCUACUUUCUUCACCGGACAAUAUUUCGUCUUCGAUCGACAAAUUGAGGUAUGUCGACGGGGGAUAUUCCUCUAGACGAAGGAAACGAUAAAAAUUUGGUUUCUUCUGAUCAAGGAAAUGAUGAAACUUCAUCUGGUAAGAGACGUUCGAGAGCUUACGUGUGGGCUUAUUUCGAGAGGAUAACCGGGGAAGACGGGUUACCAAAAACAAGGUGCACCACUUGUAACAAAGUGUACGCUACUGCUGCAAAUUCAGGUACAUCGACUAUGAGGAGACACUUACGGAAGUGUUGUCCACAGCCGCUAAACCAGUUUAACCCAACCCAAGCUGUCCCAUGCGCCAACAGUGAUGAGAUGUCGGAAGAGGUUAGGGCUGCAAAGAAGUUGAAGUCUGUUAUGGUGGAUAAGCUACGAUCUAAAACGGAUAGGGAGUUGGUGGAAUUUAUUUGGAUGAAUAAACGAAACGUUGGAAUCCUUGAGCAGAAGUUGCCUGAAAAGGCCAGAGCUAUAAAGGAAGCUAUCAAGUGCUAUGAAGAUGAAAUUGAUCGCAGGGCAAAACUUCAGAGUCCUAAGGAGAACGGUGCAGGUCCUGUCACCAGUUUAGGGACAGUUAAAGUUGAACCAGAUGAUGAACUUGCUGCUGAAUAUCCGAAUGUUGGCGAGACACGUGCCAAUGUGAAUCAGCAGAAAACCAGUCCACAAGCUGACAGUGGAAACAUGGCUAGAAAACAGGAAGCUGACCAAUCUGUUAAUGGAAAUGAGCAAAUAGCUGAAGAAGAGCGUGUAGCAAGACUUCAGAUUGUAGCAAUAAAUAGAACUGAGAACCAGGCAGAAGAAAAACAUGCCCUACAAACUGCCAUCUCGAUUCGUCCUCAAGAUAUAUGUGCAGAUUUAAAAGAGGUUUCAUCUGCGCUUUCUAUUCUAACUUCACCAGACAGCUUCUACACUCCUCAAGGCAAUCCUCUUGAUCAAGAAGCCGAAAAUGCAAAACAAACCCUCAUUCAACUUCUGAAAAAAGACUUUGAAUCCAUAGUCAAAUCACCCGAUGAAGAAAAAGUCAAAUCCUGCAUCAAAAUCUUGACCGAGAACCUCCACAGGCUUCCCAAGUGUCAAGGCCGAGUUAUCGAGGCCCUCAACAUCGAAUUCGAAUCCGCUUGUCAAAACUGGAAAACGUGCCAUACGAAUAUUCAAACAAACAUUGCAUUGGAAGUGCAACAAGGAGACAAUCUCAAGGUUUUGCAGGAAUGGCAGGAGAAAGAUAUGGAAUUCGAGUCCAAAAUAACUAAAGUGGAUGCGGAUAUCCUUCGGUUGAAACAAGAACUGCGCGAAAAGGAGUUGACCCGAGAUAAUUUGGUCAAACAGAAGUCGGAUUUGUUUGAUCAGAGCAAGAUCUCGAUUGAUGAAGCGAAGAAGCUCCUUCAAGAUAUGGUUACUGCAAAGUUGCAGAGCGAUGUCGCGAUUGAUAACAUGAAAGAAGUUGCUAAGAAAUGGGAACGAAACAGGGAAAACUUCCAGAUCAAGCAAGUAUGACUGUGUGAGAUGGUUAAUUUUAUUAUUUAGCUGUGAAAUUGAAAAAGAAUUACAGUAGGUUUAGGUUCUAAAUUAUGUUGAAAUAUUUAGUUCAGCCUUUUGUUUAUUUACAGUAGU